AGGAACCCUGACUUUUCUGUCCCCUCCUCUCCGUCUCUCCAAGCCGGGCCAAGGCUCUGUACGUGCAAACAGACAUGACCAUUCACUUGUGAAGAAAACCCUGGAGAAAUUAUCCCGAAAUCGUGUUUGGUUGGAGAAACGGAGGGCAUAAUAGAGAAUAAGCAUAAUGGCCCCUAAAAACGUUAAAGAAACCUGGCUUUCAUUUGGUUUCUGUGUAGUUUUGGUCGCUCCAGUUCUGGUCGAAGCCCAGUAUGAGAAAUAUAGCUUUAAGAGUUUCCCACAGAAAGAUCUGAUGCCACUUGAAUCUGCGUAUGGACAUGCUCUGGACCAGUAUGGAACGCAGAACUGGAGGGACAGCAUCAAGUACCUGGAAUUGAGUUUGCGUCUUCACCGGCUCCUGAAAGACAGCGAAGCGUUUUGCAGCCAGAACUGUAGCACUGUCAGUCGGGACAAUGAUACCCUCUUCGCGGACAGCAGUCUCCGCAUCAUGCGGCAUUUCUUACUCCGGGCUUCGUGCCUUAAAAAGUGCAAAACAAAUUUCCCAGUGUUUACAGUGGCCUAUCCAAAGAGAGAUGUUCUGGAAGCUUUUGAGAAGAGGGUACCCUACCGGUACAUACAGUAUGCUUACUACCAGUUAAACAACAUAGAAAGGGCCGUGUCAGCGGCCCACACGUUCCUCCAGAAGAACCCAGAAGACCCCUUUAUCUCCAAGAACAUGAACUACUACAAGACCCUGUUUGAGCUGGACGAGUACCUCAUCGACCACGAGGAGCGACCCUACGAGCCUGUGUUCCUGAAGGCUGUGAAACUGUAUAACUCCGGAGAUUUCAGCGCCAGUGCUCGGGACAUGGAGCAGGCCACCACGGAGUACCUCAAAAUGUACGACCUCUGCCUGGCAGGCUGCGAAGGGUCAUAUGAGGUCACAGAGUACAAAGACUUCUACCCUACACUGGCAGAUCUCUACACAGAAGUUCUGAAGUGUAAAGUGAAGUGUGAGGAGAACCUGAUGCCCAACGUCGGUGGUUUCUUCGUGGAAAAGUUUGUGGCUACCAUGUACCACUACCUCCAGUUUGCCUACUAUAAACUGAAUGACGUGCGUAACGCGGCUCCGUGUGCGGCCAGCUACAUGCUGUUUGACGCUAACGACCAGGUGAUGCAGCAGAACAUGGUGUACUACCGCUUCUACCGAGAACAGUGGGGCCUGGAGGAGAUGCACUUCCUGCCUCGCCCGGAGGCACUGAGGUACUUUAACCAAACAACCAAGCAGAGGGAGAUGCUGGAGUUUGCACUGAACUACCUACAGACAGAUGAUGAGGAUGUGGUGAGUCCAGAGGAGGUGGCUGCUCCCUCGGCCCCCCCUGACGCUGAGUUUGAGGGGAUAGGAGAUUACGAGGAGUCCUUCGUAGCAGACUGGUGGCAGGAACCCAAAACCAAGGGGGACGCUGGGGAACCUGCAGCCUGACCCCAACCACCAACUCCACCAUGAACACCACCCCUCCCCCAAACAGAACACUACUCAAUUCCCCUCUCAAAGAAUAUGGACAGCCCUGCAGAGCCAGACCUUCCCCAUCCAGAAGUGCCAGGAUACUAUAUUUAGUACACCCCAAACCCAUUAAAUUGUUCCAUGGUAUAUAUACUAUAUAUUUCACAGCUAAAGGAACACAAAAGGGAGAAUUUACAUUGCCAGUUGCACACAGUUCCACCAUUAGCAAGAUCACACAAACACCCACACAGGACCUGUUGAAGGUCAGAGCUGUACAUGUCUGAACUGAAAGCUAAAUUGUGCAUCUGUUUUAGCAUAAGGAAAGAUGUAUUAUAAUUGUUAAUACUGAAUGACUGUUAUUGUUGUUGUUACAUUUCUUAUUUAAUGAAAUGAUUUGCCUUUGUGCCUUAGCCCUGGUAAUAGGGCACUGAACUAUGCCUUCUGUCAAUAUCUAGGAUGUUUGAUGUUGAAUUCUGACCCAUUGGAGGUGUCUUUUGUGGGUCCAGCGGUAAGAUAAAAAUCCACACAAAAUGCCAAGUGAACAACUGCAGAAAGUGUGGAAUAAAGUUACAUAUUCUUUUA